GACAACCGCCAAACGAAAAAAAAAAAAAAAAAAAAAAAAAAAAAAAAAAAACGAAUAAAAGACGUCGUCAUUCUGCGACAACUACAACCAAAACAGAAGAUACUGCUGUCGCGGUAGCUUGUUUUUUUUUUUUUUUUUGGAUAGAGGAUAGAGUUUCAGUCAUGAAUGUAUUGUGGUUUCAGUGAAGAGUAUAUGAAAUCGUCUGGAAACACGGAGGAGCAGGAGCCGAGGCACGGUGAGCUCCCGUUCAGCUUCACCCCGCAGUGUGUCCACCUGCACAGGGACCAUGAGCUGUUCGAGGAUGGGGACAUCCACAGACACAUGUAUCUGCAAGACCUCUAUACCUCGGAGGUAGACGACAAACCGACACUCAGUGUAUCAGAGUUUGCCUGUCACAUCUCUGGCUGCAGUGCAGUCUUCAGUGCAUUGGAGGAGUAUGAACACCACUACAACUCCCUGCACAGGCAUGUUUGCUGCUCCUGCCGUCGCUCCCUGCCAAGUGCCCGGCUCUUGGACAUUCACAUUCAGGAGUGGCACGACUCUCUCUUCACUAUCCUCGCCCAGAGGCAAGACAUGUACCAGUGUUUGGUGGAGGGCUGUGGGCAGAAGUUCAGGACAAGUAAACACAGGAAGGACCACCUAAUAAGAAUUCACAAGUAUCCUCCAGACUUCAGAUUCGACAAAACCAAAAAGGACAAAGGAAUCAGAGAGACCAAGAGACUGCAGCAGAAAGACACAAACAUGGAGGUAGUAGAUGAUGUGUGUGAGUCUGAGGGUGUGUGUGAGGUUAUGUGUGGUGUGUUGUCUGACCAACCUGAGCAAGGGGAAUCCAUGGAGACACAUGUAUCUGAGGAAGAAGCUGCUUGCAUGGCAAAGCCUGCUGCUACUGAGGAGCACGCCGGUCUUUCUGCUGCAGUUCACGGCAAUGAGUGCUCCAGCACAGAGACACUAAAGCCACGCUACUCCUACAGGGUCCCUUCGACCGUGUGCUUCGGUCAUGGCUCCAUCCGAGGCUUCAGAGGACGACGAGGAAGGAGGAAAUGAGACACCAGUAUUGCACCUUCUGUUUUUCCUUUUUAAAAUGUCUUGUAACUGAAUAUAUUUACUGUCACGUGUCUUGAACUUAAAAUAAAAUGGCUUUUAUAUAAAAAAGUGACUUGCAUAAGCGUUU